UGCCGACGGCACGACGUGCUCCACUAGCGAAAAAAUACUAGAAAGAAAACAGGGGAAAAUCUGGGAAAAUUUCUCGUCGUCUUGGCAUUUGGCGCGGGUCUAAAAACCAAAUUUUUAAAGACAUUUUCGAAAUUGUAAUACAAAAAUUAAGAACAAUUCCUGCUAUGCACUGAGAAAAAGAAAAAACAAUAUGAAAUGCGAAAAAGAAACCAAGAAAAAUAAGAAACGAAGUCUAUAGGAAAAUACUUAAAUAUAUAUAUUUCCAUAAACAAACCGAUUUAUAUAUAUUCGAGUUGGGUAUUUGAUUGAUUUGUGGCAACUAUCAAACAUCAAACCAAAAAUAAAAAUCAACAAAAACAACAACUAGCACAACUACUACCACAACAACUAAAACAACAACUGCGGAUGUCGCUCCGCUUAACCCCACUUUGCCUAACCCAGUCACCGCCGUAAACAUGUAAAUGUCCAACAUGCCACUAAAACCACUAAAACCAGCUAGCGACAAUUAAAGGCCAGCCUCUAGAGAGGAUCGGGAGCAGGAGGAGGAGGAGACUGACGAGGAGGAACUAACCGAUCCAGCAGGACCCAAACAAAAUACACUGAGAGAAACGAGAUGGCCGGGCCGCAGGUGCAGCACAGCCAGCGACCCAAUAGUGCCUACUAUACGGGUCUGAAUGGUGGUUCCUCCGGCGGAGGAGGAGGUGGAGGAGGCGGAGGAGGAGGUGGAACUGGAGUUGGAUCCUCUGGAGGAUUGACAAGCAGUGCAUCGCACACCGGUCUGCAUGCCCUGCGCCAGGUGAGCAACGAAACGGAGCUGAUCUACCGCGGCAGUCACAGCAAUGGCACCGUCAACGAGCUGCCCUCCACCGCUCAGCAUCACCUGCUCACGGGUCGUGGCACCCAGCAGUCGGGUCAGCAGGGUCACCACCAGACGGUCAGUAGCAUUGCCGGCACAGGGUCAAGUGUGACGGAUGCCCUCAUUGGCACCAUAACCUCUGGUGGUGCUGGUGGUGGAGGUGGUCCCUCCGGCAGCAGUUGCUCCACCGCAGGCCUGGGUAUCAAAAAGUCCAGCACUCAGCGCAGCAUCGAGAUCAUCGUGGACGCCAGUCAGUGUGGCAAGGAGCUGGUGGCCAGUGGAUCGGGCGGAGGAGCUGCCAUUGUGUCCACCUUGGACAUGGAGGAUGUGGAGCAGGGCGGCGGCGGCCAGGAGUCCUCCUCCUCGCACCGGAAGUCCUCGCGGCACCGCCAUCGACCGCUCCACCGGCGGCUGAUCACCUAUCUGCGGAACCUCUUCCAGGGCAGCACCACCCAGAAUGAUUCCGAACUGGAGGAGUUCGAGACGCCGGCAAGGUACAGGCCCGACUCGCUAAGUGCGCUGAGCCGCGCCACGCGCUUCACGGAGGACGAGAUCAAACGAAUUUACCGGGGAUUUAAGGCUGAGUGCCCGACGGGCGUCGUCAAGGAGGACACCUUCAAAGUGAUCUACUCGCAGUUCUUUCCACAGGGAGCCAAUCCAACCUUAUAUGCGCACUAUGUAUUUAAUACACUGGAUCAGGAUCACAGUGGCAUUGUCAGCUUCGAGGACUUUGUUCAAGGACUUUCGAUACUGUCGCGCGGCUCCGUGGAGGAGAAGCUGCGCUGGACCUUCUCGCUGUACGACAUCAAUGGCGACGGCUUCAUUACGAGGGAAGAAAUGACUGACAUUGUAACUGCCAUAUACGAGCUGAUGGGCCGCCUGCCCGACGAGUGUCCCGAGGAGGAGAAGAUCAAGGGCAAGGUGGAGCAGAUCUUCCAGAAAAUGGACACCAAUCGCGAUGGCGUGGUCACGCUGGAGGAGUUCCUGGAGGCCUGUCGCAACGACGACGCCAUCUCCCGGUCGAUGUCCUACACGGUGCCCCGGCGGCGGCGACAUCAGCAGCCGGGACAGCAGCCACGUCAGCAUCUGCAGCAUCAGCAGGAUCAGCCAGAGAAACGUAAGUCCAACCACAAGACGAAGAACAAGCAACAGCAAAAACAGCAACAGCAACCACAUAGCACUAGACAUCAAAACUGUUGUCACAUAAUCGACAUGGAUGGCGAUAGCACCACUAGCACCACCACCGCCUCGGCGGCCACCGGAACCACACUCAAUUGCAAUGUCCUGGAUGAUUACGAGCGGCAGGAGCAGGAUGAUGAUGAUGGGGAUGAGGACUCCGAUGAGGAUGAUGCGGAAUACAGAUCCUUUGUCUGCCGGCACUGCCAAAGGCCGCAGUCGGUGGGUCAGCAGCCAAGAACUGGCCGUCGAUCGCAAUCGCAGUCCAAGUCGCGCAAGCGCAGCAAGAGCAGGAAGCGCCACCAGAGCAGGCAAGCGCAUCCGGGUCACCAGGGUAGUAGCCAGGGCCAACAGACCAGGUGGCCGGAAAUCAAUGUGGCCAACGAGCAGGCCAUCCGCUUCCGGUGUCCGCAGGUGGGGCCGCAGGUGGGUCGCGACCUUCACACCCCUCAGCCCAUGCACUUCCAUCACCCCCAGUCGCAGAGCCAGAAGGCCAAGAGCAAGUCCCGCCCGCGGAAGUCCCGCCCAUCCCCGGCAGCUCAGCCUGCCACCGCACCACCUGCCCCACCAGCAGAGCCAUCACCACAACCGCCCCCCUCCGAACUCCGCGCCCCCCUGCCACCCCUAAACAUCAUUGUGGGCGGAGGGUCGGAGGUCGAGGUCGAGGUCGAUCCGCAGCAGCCACCGCCGCCCACCACCCCCGAUUCGCCGUCGCUGGUCACCGUGAGCACCUGGUACACGGUGGCCAAGCAGGGUGUCUCCUGCUAAUCGCGGUGAGCAGUGAGUAUCCUUGCCAGCACCACCCAACCAAUCAGCCACCCAGCCACAUUGCACCCCAGUCAAAAACCACAAUCCCCCCCCUUUGAAAUAUACACGGCGAUGCCACUGAUAUCUCUAGAUGCUGAAAAACCACUUAAAAAUGUGUCUGAAAGUAUGCUUUACCAUUAAACUUUCGGAUUCAAAAGAUAACGUAGCAUACCUUCCAGCGACUCUAAAAAUGAUUUAAAGUCUCUAGAGAUUUUGGUGGCACCUGCUAUAACAACGCUUUCCCCUUUCGGUGUUUCAAUAUAUGUAUACAAUAUAUAUAUUUUGUGCUAUUAUGAAUUAUAUGUGUGUGUUUUAGGGUGGAUCUCUCAAAAAUCAAAAUUGGCAAACAUAAAAAUGUGUAUGAUAGCAAAUAAAGAAUGAUGGCUUAUUGGUUUUAACAAUCAAUUUCAUUUGCCUUUUAUAAAUCGUUUGUAAAGAAGUGCUUACCCUUGAAUACUUUACCAUUAAUCUGCGGUUCUAAAAUGGGGGAAGAAAUUGGCUCAACCCAAUAAUUGUAAAUACAUUUUGUAAGGCAAUGCUUUUCAAAAAAGAACCAAAGAGAACCACGUCCGAAAGAUAUUAUAAUAAAUAAUACAAAAUAAAGCAACCUUUCAAAUUAAAAAACCGGGAUCCACCCUACUGUAUAAGUGCUUUAAGUUCCCGAUUUGUCCUAUUAUUUGUACAAUAAUUAGCUAAAUGAAACGUUCUCUGUGUGUAUCGAUUGAUGUUGCAAACUGUCAAAUGUGUUAUAGUCUUAAAUAAAAAUAAAUCUAUAGAAAAUGUAAGUGAAAAUGAACCACAAAAUGAAAAUAUAUGAAAAGCAUUCAAACAUUUACUUUAUGUUUCUUUAAAUUGUAUUAUUUUUGCCCAGAGAAAACUUCUUGAAAAUGUUGUUAGAUGUCCUAGAGUAUUUAAAUUGACGUUAGCUGUGAUGGAAAAACAAAGUAUAUUAAACCACAAAAAGAACUUUAAUAUUAAUUGAAAAAAAAUUGGUUUGUGGGAGGAUAUUGCUCAAAUGAAAAUUGCUUGCUAAAUAUUAAGCUUUUAGUGUGGGUGGGUGUGUGUUUGGAUGUGCGUGCAUUUAAAGAUCUGGAGAGAAAGCAUUUUAACAAAACCAAUUUUCACUAUUUUGACAGCCGCACUUUGAGGCUUUUCUUGCUAAAAACCGAAAAUUGAAUUGCUGGCAUUACUUUAAUUGAAUUCUGUAAAAUACUCAGAAAUCAUAUUAAAUAAAAUAAAUAUGCAGAUUAAUGAACAGGCCAAAUUCAGUCGAUAAAAUAUUUUGCUUUAACAAAAACAUCGAUGUCAUUGAAAUGCAAAUUAAAUUGCGAAAUUCGCCUAUGCCAAAAAAAGGCGACAAAUAAACCAAAUUGUAUGGGGCAAAAAAUGUAGGAGUGGGGUUUUUGUUUUAAUUUAAAGCAGCUUUCUACUUAAUUGGAUAAAUUCAAAAGGCUGCCAUUAAAACCCAUUCGAUUUCCCAUUAUUUCACAUUGACAUUCGUGUACUUCGAAAAUGUUUGUAAAGUUUGCUGAGCGUUAAAUUUUUUGCUAACUGUUAUUGCUUGACAUGCUUUUGUUGUUGUUUUCAUUAUGCCACAUUGGACACACCAAGGAGACACACGCACACUUGCACACAGGCACACGCACACACACACACACACACACUCGCACACAUGCAAGACAAAAUAAACAAGGAUGCAAACGCAUGGGAAUUGAAAUUCGUGAAUGGCAAUUAAAAUAUCUGCUUUCUUUCUCUUUCUCUCUUUUCUCUUUCUCUUUCUCUCUCUCCCUCUCUCUUUUAUCCUGGCCUGCACACACACACACGCACACACGCUUGAAUAAACACCCACACACGUGCAGAAAUUUGCAUAGAAACUAAAUGAAAUGCGUAGCGAGAAAGACAACGCGAAUCUGCCAAAAUAAAAAUCUAGGUACCGCCUGUCCAUAAAUAUGCAAUUAUGGACGUGUUUGUGCAACUGUAAAAAUAACGAAAAUGUGCGGUAAAAUUGUAAAGGCCACACGACAACUCGAUUUUAUCGGCAUUAUCGGCAGGGUUGCAUUUAAAGAGCUGCAAGCAGUGCAGCGCAGUUCUCAAGUGUAAGUACAUCUUGGCACCGGAAGUGCCACUGCUUGCCCAAAAAUCAUAAUGAACAAACAGAAAAUUGACAUUGAAAAUUGAAAAUGUACGAAACGAAAGCUUUACACAAUGAAACUAAAACUAAAAACAAAAACUAAAAAAUACUCUUAACGAUUUAAUGAAACAUAUAUAGAGAGAAAUUCAAAUUACACAGAAACUAUAUUUAUACGAAAAGGAAAUAGCAAGGAAAAAUACUAAAUACAUUUAAUUGGAACCAGUUUGACUUUCUAUUUGAAAUAUAUGUAAACACACGACACACACACACACACCAAACACACUGGAAAAUGUCUGUAGGUAAAUAAAUGUGUAAAUCAAAAUAAUAGCCACAAAUACAAAGGGCAAUGAGAAGGAGAAUUGGAGAAGUGCUCCCCCGGGCGUAUGCGUAAUGUUGAGUAUAUUGUUGCCAUAUAUUCUCCAUUAGCAAAUUAGUGACAAUGAUGGAAUGUCAUCAAGUCGGCCGGCAAUAUGUAUACUAUAUAAUUCUGGUGUGUGUGCCUGUUGUGUGUGCGAGUGUGCAAGCUAAAUCAAAUAAAAACAAAUGUUUGAAUCAGAAAUUGGACCACAGCAAACAAAGAAGUAGCAUAAACCGAUAUCCGCUGUAUAUGCAUAUUAUAUUUACAUAUAUAUACACAUGAAUAUAUAUAUAUAUUGAUACAUAUAUAUAUAUAGAUAUAUAUACAAGGCAUACAGUAUUUAUCAAGUGCAUAGGUGUGUAAUUGUAAUUUUUUGUAGCUAGAACUAAGUGACACAGGACACAAAGAGAGAACUAUUAGAAAUAGAUAAAUGGAAUAUGGUUAAUUGGACAUCUCGUUGUACAUAGUUAGUGAGUGGUUUUUUUCGCCGUUAAACCAACUACAAAUCUUUCUCUAUAUUAAACUCUAAACUCAAAGUAAUUGUUGCAUUUUUAAACCCUUUUAAAUACAUAGCUGUGUACUUAGCUGUAGUCUUCCAGAAGUAACCGAAAAAAAAUCGAAAACAAGGCGAGAAGCUGACGAAAACUCUAUUCCACUUAGAUUGAAACCUGUAGCAAAUUUGUACCUUAGCCGAAACACCCACAAAAAAGCUUUCAACAACAAUAAAACUUCUUCUUAAUAGACGAACAAAAAAUCCGAGUCCAAUAAAUAAAACCAUAUACAAAACUGUUGCUGUCGUAGUUUGAGACGAACUGUAUUAUUUUUGGAUAAAUGUUAUCGAUUUUCUGCCCACUUCCAAGGUUAUUCAAUGUUAGAUCCUUCGAACUAUUGGUUUCCCACUGCGUAUAUAGAGUAUAUAUGAUCGAUCUGAUCUUGGGCACGACAAUAUCGAAAAGGAGCCACAGAAGUGCUAUAUAGCCAACAUAUAUAAUACCCUCCCACCCCAGACUAACACACACACAUCCCCCUCUCUCUCUCUCUAUCUAUCUAUCUCUAUCUCUCUCUACUUAUCUGUGUGUGAAUUAGCAAUCAAAUACUAACGCAAAAUCUUUUUCAAAAACAAAGUGUCAAAUUUUCAAGAAAAACAUAACGAAUGAAAACCAAAGAAAAUGUUGGCAUCUUGACAGAGACGAGAGGAGGAAAAAAAUUGAUAAAUUGGAGGAUUGCCAACCUAGUUGCAAGUAUUUUCCAGGCCUAAGCCUUAACGAUUAGAGAAAUGCAAGUAAUUGUAAACACAAAGAAAUAUAUGCAUAUAGAGUGUGUGUUUUUUCCUAAUUUAUAAGCUGUUGAAAUCAAAUUUUACCAAUGAAAGUAAGUAUUAAAUAAAAAGAAGAAGUAUUGAGGACAGAAAACUCUCGUUUUAGAGAACCACUUGAAUUUUCAGUUGUUAAUGUAAAAACUGUAUUAGCCAUUUAUUUGUGAGCGAUAUACUAUGUGUUAAAACAAAUGAGAAAAGCUAAAAAAAAAAAGCAGAAAAUACAUGUCAUAGCAUAGGCCUAAGAGC